GGGCGGCCAUAUUGCGGAGCUGUCUGCGGUGGCGGCGGCGGCGCCUCUCUGCUCCGGCGGCCCAGCGCUCUCUCCACCGCCUCUCCCUCCCUGCCGCAGCCGCGCCGCCCGGCGCCGCCGCGCCGCAGCCCGGCCGCAGCCCCGGCGGGAAGGAGCCGCCCGCUCCCGGGAAGUUCAACAGAAUUCAUUAAGUGAAUUUUUAAAGAGGGUGACAAAAAGAGAAGGAAAAUGCCGAAACCAAUCAACGUAAGAGUAACUACAAUGGAUGCGGAGCUGGAAUUUGCCAUUCAGCCCAAUACAACUGGCAAACAGCUUUUUGACCAGGUGGUGAAAACAGUUGGUCUGCGUGAGGUCUGGUUUUUUGGGCUGCAGUAUGUGGACAGCAAGGGCUAUUCUACAUGGCUUAAACUAAAUAAAAAGGUGACACAGCAAGAUGUAAAAAAAGAGAACCCUCUGCAGUUCAGAUUUAGAGCUAAAUUCUUUCCUGAAGAUGUUUCUGAGGAAUUAAUUCAAGAAAUAACCCAGAGACUUUUCUUCUUGCAAGUUAAAGAAGCUAUCUUAAAUGACGAGAUAUAUUGCCCGCCAGAAACUGCAGUUCUCUUGGCUUCCUAUGCUGUCCAAGCCAAGUAUGGAGAUUAUAAUAAAGAGGUUCAUAAGCCGGGCUACCUGGCUAAUGACAGACUCCUACCCCAGCGUGUUUUGGAACAACACAAACUGACAAAGGAACAGUGGGAAGAAAGAAUACAGAACUGGCAUGAGGAACACAGAGGAAUGCUAAGGGAAGAUUCUAUGAUGGAAUACCUGAAGAUUGCACAAGACCUAGAAAUGUAUGGAGUCAACUAUUUUGAAAUAAAAAACAAAAAGGGAACUGAGUUGUGGCUAGGCGUUGAUGCUUUGGGUCUGAAUAUUUAUGAACAUGAUGACAAGUUAACACCUAAAAUUGGUUUUCCCUGGAGUGAAAUCAGAAAUAUUUCAUUUAAUGACAAAAAAUUUGUUAUAAAGCCAAUCGACAAAAAGGCACCUGAUUUUGUUUUUUAUGCGCCUCGUCUGAGAAUCAAUAAGCGGAUUUUGGCCUUGUGCAUGGGGAACCACGAGCUGUACAUGCGGAGGAGGAAGCCCGACACCAUCGAGGUGCAGCAGAUGAAGGCGCAGGCCAGGGAGGAGAAGCACCAGAAGCAGCUGGAAAGGGCGCAAUUAGAGAAUGAAAAGAAGAAAAGAGAAAUAGCAGAAAAGGAAAAGGAAAGAAUAGAACGUGAAAAGGAAGAGCUAAUGGAACGUCUGAGGCAAAUUGAAGAACAAACAAUGAAAGCCCAGAAAGAACUAGAAGAACAGACUCGAAAAGCUCUGGAACUGGACCAGGAACGGAAACGAGCGAAGGAAGAAGCAGAGAGGCUGGAAAAGGAGCGCCGGGCGGCCGAAGAGGCCAAGUCUGCUCUAGCGAAACAGGCAGCUGACCAGAUGAAGAACCAGGAGCAGCUAGCAGCAGAACUUGCCGAAUUCACAGCCAAGAUUGCACUUCUAGAAGAAGCCAAGAAGAAAAAGGAGGAGGAAGCUUCUGAGUGGCAACAUAAAGCUUUUGCAGCCCAGGAGGAUUUGGAAAAGACCAAAGAAGAAUUAAAGACUGUGAUGUCUGCCCCUCCUCCACCUCCGCCACCACCUGUCAUUCCUCCAACAGAAAACGAGCAUGAUGAACAUGAUGAGAAUAAUGCCGAGGCCAGUGCUGAGCUGUCCAGUGACGGGGUGAUGAACCACAGAAGUGAGGAGGAACGUGUGACAGAAACACAGAAAAAUGAGCGUGUUAAAAAGCAACUCCAGGCAUUAAGUUCAGAAUUAGCCCAAGCCAGAGAUGAAACCAAGAAGACGCAGAAUGACGUUCUUCAUGCCGAGAAUGUUAAAGCCGGCCGUGACAAGUACAAGACUCUGCGGCAGAUUCGACAAGGCAACACAAAGCAACGUAUUGAUGAGUUUGAAGCAAUGUGAGAGCUGUUAUUUUGCAUAAGUGUUCUUCAUAAGCUGAACCACCAACAGAGAAAAGCAGGCCUUUGCAGAUGUGAUGGAGUGCAUCCCACCUUGCCAAAGCACUUACACCAGCCGACCGUGGUGGCCGAAAGACCUUUCAGGGGCGCUGCUCAGCAUUAAGGCAGUGUAGUAUCAUGCUUGGUUCUCUUUUUCUUUUGGGCCAGGGAAUGGAGACCAGUGUUCCAUCGCCUUCUUUUUCACAUUUUUCAUUUUUCCAUUUUUUUUUUUCUGUUGAAGAUGAACACUAAUUAUCAUGUCUGACAAAUGUGUGUGUGAUUUAAGCACUUUGUACAUUUUAGGGAUGAUGGUGACCUAAUGAGUGAUUAGGUAGGGCACUCUGUUUUCCCUUCUCCUUCCACACUUUACCCGCGUGUAUGUCCACAUUCGCUCAGUAUGCCCUUCUCACACCUUGACGCGCCCCAUUGCCAUCAUUCUGCCACCAUACAGGUCACUGGCGGUGAUUGAAAUGAGCAUAGGUGGCCGCGUGGGCAGUGUUUGAUCACGGUGUAGAAGAUGGCUAUGAAUCAUGAAAAGGAUUAGACAGUUUAAUAGUGUAGGAUACCACUGGUGGUUAAUUUUUUUUUAAUCCCAAUUUAAUUACAUUAUUGGAUGUUUGAUAUUUGCUUACUUAAUUACAGUCAUCUUUGACAGCUGAAUUGAUUGGUGUUUCAUAUCCUGUCAUUGGUUUUCUUCGCCUGCCAAUUUCACAAAGGUAUAGACAGCAGGUAGUAAGUAGUUCCCUAGGAGAAUUUAUUGAUGAAAAACUACCAUAAAUCACAGUUGUCUCUGAAGGAUUUUUGAAGUCUCAUUCUUUCAUAGAUUGAGUUAGAAAAACAGAAGCUUAAUAAAAGGAAAUAUAUGUUUGUUGGUAAUUGAUCAUCAUUAAAAACACCCUGGACCUUUCCGGAAGGGCAGCGCAUGAAAACAUCAGUCCCAGCGAGGGGACAGUAACGCUACCUCACUGCUGCACCGCGAAGGCUGGCUGUUCACACACAGUGAAACGUGUACGCUGUGUGUUUUAUAACAUACAGUGAUGCUUCCAAUCAUGAAGGAUUAUUUUUGAGGUUUCCUUUUUUUUUCUCCCCCGGAAUAUCUUUGAGCGCUGAAUUUUCACUGCCUCUUUGUUGAGUUGAAUUGUGGGACUCUGAUUUGUAUUACAGUUGUAAGCUCUCACUGGUGUAUUGUCUUCCUGGAGGGGUGCUGUAAGUGUGAGAGAGAGAGAGAGAGUGUGUGUGUGAUUGCCCUUGCUGCAAAUGAAGAAUGUCUGUACCUUCAUUUCUUGAUGUACUUAUUACACAAUCAUUUUAGCAUAUUUGGUUUCUAAAUCAUUGUGCUUGCUUUUUCAACCUCUAAAAAUACUUAAAUUUGGUUUGUUAGUUCUAUUUUAGAUUAUAUUAAUUUUGGUUAUGUUUUACAAAGAAAUCUUUCCAGUUUGAAAGAUGUUCAAUAUUCACGUAUUCUAAUAUUUCUUUAUUGUAAAACAUCUAGGUUUGGCGAUAAGGAAAGCCUUGUUUUCUCUGUGUGGUUCAGCUACUUUCCAUUUGGUAUUAUGCAUUCAAAUUUACAUUUAUCUAUUAAAAUGGCCAUUUUGUUAGACAUUUUUCAUGCACAGUAGAUUCAGGUUGUGUCUGAAAAUAUCUCUUGUGCUUUUUUGAUUUUGCUGACUUCAAAAGGAUUAAUCUGGGCAGACAUUAUGAAAAGGAAAGGUUGCAUUUAAUAUAUUUUUUGGACUUAGGAGGACAAAAGAUAACUGGUUAACCUUGAGCUGACUGUUGUGUGGUGGUUGUGCACACGCUUCAACACACUCUGGAAGAGGCCGGUUCUGCUUGUAGCACAUUGGAGGAAUAGACGGUGACCUGCUGUUGCCAUGGUUUAAAGCAUCUGCUCCCUCUUCCAAAGCAUUAAAGCAGUUGCCAUAAUAAGUGAAAAUUUGGAUUUCCAUUGGAUUCUUAUUAAUUUUCUUCAUUUUGAAUUGUGUGCACUACCAUUGCUACAUCAGUUUGAUAGCAGUGUUGAAAAAUUACCAGUUAUAUUUGCUGUUUAUAGUCUAUUUGUAGAUUAGGAAUAAAAUGGAUUUAAUCCAUUUUUAAAGCUGUGUGAAUUUUUCUAAACAGGAACAACUAUUUGCAAUAUGAGUUUUCAUUAAACCAAUUACAACUUUUAUUAUUAGCAGUUGAGAGCACAUGUUCAUAUAGCAAUGUAAAAAUAUAUUAAUGAAUAUUUGGUAAAUUGCAGGAGGCUUUUACCAUUAGCAUAAUUUUGUGUGUACAAUUAAGUUACAGUUACAUCUAUAAUUUUGGAUAACAUUCAUUGGUUAACAAUAAAGUGACAAAAGCUCA